GACAGCCCCGCACACCCACUGGGGUGGAGAAGGGGGCCAGCGGGCUGCGGGAAUUCAGCCUCCGGCGGGGGCUGUCACCGAGGGGAAUUUCCCCUUUUUGAAAAGGCUGGGGACCCCUCCACCCCACCCUUUCAGUGGGCUUCUUAAAGAGAUCACACCGUUUUCCCUUGGACUUUUGGAAGGCAGAUUUGGGACGCUUUGUGGGACUUUGAACCUUUCCUUCCUGCUUUCUUUCCAGCAGGCAGCCUUACUCUGACUGGUGGAGUCGGGGAUCCCGGGCAUGGCACUGACUAGCCUACCUGGUGCUGACUUGGCGCCGGGGCUCUUUCAGCCUCUGCUGGCAUCCUGCUUCCCCCCUCCUGGGGUGCAGUGGUGAGUCUGGGGGCCUGCCCCCGAGGGCACUGGAGGAGUGUUGCAGGCAUUACCCACGCCCUCUGCACCCACGCUGGAGGACGGGGAGGUUGUCAGGGGCUAUGAUGAGAUGAGCGGGGGCCGCUUCGACUUUGAUGAUGGUGGGGCGUACUGCGGGGGCUGGGAGGGGGGAAAGGCCCAUGGGCACGGACUGUGCACCGGCCCCAAGGGCCAGGGCGAAUACUCUGGCUCCUGGAACUUUGGCUUUGAGGUGGCAGGUGUCUAUACCUGGCCCAGCGGAAACACCUUUGAGGGAUACUGGAGCCAGGGUAAACGGCAUGGGCUGGGCAUAGAGACCAAGGGGCGCUGGCUCUACAAGGGCGAGUGGACACAUGGCUUCAAGGGACGCUACGGAAUCCGGCAGAGCUCAAGCAGCGGUGCCAAGUACGAGGGCACCUGGAACAAUGGCCUGCAAGACGGCUAUGGCACCGAGACCUAUGCUGAUGGAGGGACGUACCAAGGCCAGUUCACCAACGGCAUGCGCCACGGCUACGGAGUGCGCCAGAGCGUGCCCUACGGGAUGGCCGUGGUGGUGCGCUCGCCGCUGCGCACGUCGCUGUCGUCCCUGCGCAGUGAGCACAGCAACGGCACGGUGGCCCCGGACUCGCCCGCCUCGCCGGCCUCCGACGGCCCAGCGCUGCCCUCGCCAGCCAUCCCGCGCGGCGGCUUCGCGCUCAGCCUCCUGGCCAAUGCCGAAGCGGCCGCGCGGGCGCCCAAAGGCGGCGGCCUCUUCCAGCGGGGCGCGCUGCUGGGCAAGCUGCGGCGCGCAGAGUCGCGCACGUCCCUGGGCAGCCAGCGCAGCCGUGUCAGCUUCCUUAAGAGCGACCUCAGCUCGGGCGCCAGCGACGCCGCGUCCACCACCAGCCUGGGAGAAGCCGCCGAGGGCGCCGACGAGGCCGCACCCUUCGAGGCCGAUAUCGACGCCACCACCACCGAGACCUACAUGGGCGAGUGGAAGAACGACAAACGCUCAGGCUUCGGCGUGAGCGAACGCUCCAGUGGCCUCCGCUACGAGGGCGAGUGGCUGGACAACCUGCGCCACGGCUAUGGCUGCACCACGCUGCCCGACGGCCACCGCGAGGAGGGCAAGUACCGCCACAACGUGCUGGUCAAGGACACCAAGCGCCGCAUGCUGCAGCUCAAGAGCAACAAGGUCCGCCAGAAAGUGGAGCACAGUGUGGAGGGUGCCCAGCGCGCCGCUGCCAUCGCGCGCCAGAAGGCCGAGAUUGCCGCCUCCAGGACAAGCCACGCCAAGGCCAAAGCUGAGGCAGCGGAACAGGCCGCCCUGGCUGCCAACCAGGAGUCCAACAUUGCUCGCACUUUGGCCAGGGAGCUGGCUCCGGACUUCUACCAGCCAGGUCCGGAAUAUCAGAAGCGCCGGCUGCUGCAGGAGAUCCUGGAGAACUCGGAGAGCCUGCUGGAGCCCCCCGACCGGGGCGCCGGCACAGCAGGCCUCCCAGAGCCGCCCCGCGAGAGCCCGCAGCUGCACGAGCGUGAGACCCCUCGACCCAAGGGUGGCUCCCCGUCACCGGCCGGGACGCCCCCGCAGCCCAAGCGGCCCCGGCCCGGGGCGUCCAAGGACAGCCUGUUGAGCCCGGGCGCCUGGAACGGCGAGCCCAGCGGUGAGGGCGGCCGGCCAGUCACUCCGUCCGAGGGCGCGGGCCGCCGCAGCCCUGCACGUCCAGCCACCGACCGCAUGGCCAUCGAGGCUCUGCAGGCACCGCCUGCGCCGUCGCGGGAGCCGGAGGUGGCGCUUUACCAGGGCUACCACAGCUAUGCCGUGCGCACCACGCCGCCGGAGCCCCCGCCCUUUGAGGAGCAGCCCGAGUCCGAGGUCUCCGGGUCCGAGUCCGCGCCCUCGUCUCCGGCCACCGCCCCGCUGCAGGCCCCCACUCUCCGAGGCCCCGAGCCUGCACGCGAGACCCCUGCCAAGCUGGAGCCCAAGACCAUCAUCCCCAAAGCCGAGCCCAGGGCCAAGGCCCGCAAGACUGAGGCCCGAGGGCUGACCAAGGCCGGGGCCAAGAAGAAGGGGCGGAAGGAGGCAGCACUGGCGGCAGAGGCGGAGGUGGAGGUGGAAGAGGUCCCCAACACCAUCCUCAUCUGCAUGGUGAUCCUGCUGAACAUCGGCCUGGCCAUCCUCUUCGUUCACCUCCUGACCUGACCCUCGCCUAGCAGAGCCAGAAGUUCCUGCUGAAGACAUGAGGACCGUCUUUUUGCAGUGCCAGGCAGGGUGGCCAAAGAGGACUGGACUCUGGACCCGGAGCCCCAUGGUCCAGUUCACAUUCACCCCACAAGAGUUUCAGGAGGCCUCCCAUGUGCCUGUGCUGGGUGGCGGUGGUGGUGCCAAGAGGAAUGGAAUGUCCUGGGCUUCUUCAGGAGCUCUCUACCCAGGGGCAAGGAGAGCCCAGAGAGAAGCGCCCUGGUCUCUUGAGCUUCCUGAUCUGCUCCUGUCCCCCGCCCUCCUCCACUCCCUUGCCUUUCCCUAGGUUGUCCCCUCCCUGGGCUUUUGUGUGUUUUGGGAGAUGUCACCUAACCAGGACGUUGAUAUUUGAUCCCAUCCCCCUCCUCCCACCCUGCCCCACUUUGAUUUAAUCCUUUGGCUGUGGGCUGAGGCCUCCCAGGGAAGCUGGGUGGGGUGGGUGCUGAGACCCCCUCAGACCAGCACAGAGACCUGUCCUUGUGCAGUCUGCACCCCGUACUCCCUCCCUUGCCUGUAGAUGUUCUGGAUGACAGUAGAGGAAAGGGACAAGGUCAGUUUGAAUAUCCCAGGACACAGUGCUCUGUCUCCUCCCACCAGUCCAGUUAGCUUCCCUUCUGGACCAAUAACGAGGGGAGACCCCAUGGAGCCUCUGGCUGGGAAGCCGAUGACCAGGUGGCCAGGGGGCGGGGUGGGUAGAGGGGUUAAGGUGCAGUGAUGAUGGCCUGUUUUGGAGUGUGUCUGAGACUGAGAUUGCAUUUGGGGUUUCCCGUGUGCUUGGGAUGCUAAAGGGUCACCUGCAGGAAGCCUGGGGCCGGCGAGAGAAAUCUCCUGUGACGCCCUGUGAGAUGGCUUGUCUCCUCCCCCAUCAGGGCCCACUGAAAGCUCAGGGGAGCACAGAAGCCCAUGGAAGCCCAGGGAGAUGUCCCUGGGGCAGACGCUCAGGCAGGUGUUGAAGACAAGCUGCUUGUCAAAAAGCAUUUCCCGGCAAGAGAGGAGCAAGUCUGGGGCUCCAGCUGGGUACAGCUUGGGUGCAGUUAUAAACCCCUUUGGCCUACUUGGCAGAAGACGGCUACUUGGAUGUACCUCACUUAAAGAUGUUUUGUACCACACUAGGUCUCUGGGCCCUUGUGUUUCCUGGGGGUGGGGUGAGGGCCAAAGGCUAUGGUUUCCUGCCUCCGGGAGAAUGGAGAGAAAGGGCUUCCAGGCUCCUCCAAGCCUGGGGAAGGACGUGGCAUCCAAGCUGAGCCAGAGGGAACUGCUGCUGUCCUCCCUUCAUUUCUGUGGACCUUGGAGGCUUUGGCUUUGUGGCAGGGCCUCCCCAGGCAGCUCUGGGACCUAGGAGUUUGCUUCUGAUGGGGUCAGUUUUCCCAUUUCCCCUCAGUGCUUCUCCCUUAGCUUCACACUUGCCAUUUCAAGCCCUGCUGGGACCUUGUGGCUUGGCUGGAAUCCAGGACUGUAUUUUCAUGGAGAAGAACCUGCAGAUUCUUCCAUCCUCAGCUGGCCAUGGCCCACGGCUGUGCAUCUGCAUCUGAGCUUCUCAAGACUCCUGGAGCAUGAGGGGAAUCGGGCGGGGCCGCUGCUCAGUGCUCACGGGCUCCAGGCUCUGUCUCGGAGAUUCUUGUCCUGUUUUUUUUUUUUUUUUGGUUUUUUUUUUUUUUUUUUGGCUGGUGCUGGGGACAAGCCUGUGCCUGCCAAAGCUCCCAGGCCAAGUUUGGGGGUUGGUGUUUGGAGUUGGGGUUGGGGUUCAGGAUGCUGCAGUCUGUGCAAUAAUAAACCCGCAUCUGAUCACAGGCUCUGGCUGGGCUGCAAUGUGCUUGUGGGUCCAGGAUGAGGGGCUGGCUCAAGGAGGGUGGGUGGGAAGAGGCUGGGGGACGUGGGUCCUGCCCAUCUGUGUCCUCGUUCUCACGAUACUUGAAGGGCAGCUGAAGGGCUUCAGUUUGAAUGGGGGCUCAAAGACCAUAGAGCUUCUACAGUGGGGUUUCUAAAGCAAACUUCCAGAAACUUCUAUGAGUAGCUGACAAUAGAAUCAAGAGCCUGCCCUUUGAGGUGGAGUCCCCCCAGCCUCCAAUGCUAGCCCAGCCACUUUCUUCACUUCUCUGAGCCUCAAUUUUCUCAUCUAUAAAAUGGGGAUAAUAGUGCCUACCUCCUGGUAGUGGGGAUUACAUUAGAUGUCGAGGCUGUAGAAAGCAGUGGAGAAAUGGAGACGAGUGUUGUUGUUAUCACACUAUGGUGCUGUUAGCUCUGCUACAAGCCCUCUUGCAUUUUGGUAGAGGAUCCCAGAGACCCCAAAGGGCUGGAGGUGAUUCAGAUACCAGUUGUUUAGUCAGAAUAUCUCAAUCAGUGGGGAAGCCUGAUGUGAUCUCCACACUCCACAGAGGCUUAGAGCAGAGGGGCUUGCCCAAGGUCACGCACACAGCAAGUUGGUGGCAGGAAAGCAGUUCUCUUGACUUUUUAGGAAUAAGUACUGCCCAUGAAGUUACUCUCAAAGCCGGUGGUUCCCAGCGAGGGGGUUGGAGAAGAGGGUCCCUCAACCAACAGUAGGCUCGAGUUCAGGCACACCCUGUCCUCAGGAGCCUGGCUCCCCUACCCAACCCAGCCCUAUCACUGAUGGGCCACGUGCUCCCUCACUCCCUCUUUCUGUGCCUCAGUUUCCUCUUCUGCUGAGGAGACUCUAAUCCCUGCCCCAUGGUCUUCCUCAUAGGCAAUGCAGUUGUGAGGCUCAAAUGAGAUAGAUUAUGGUGAUAAAGAGGUUUUAAGCUGGGCAUGGUGGCUCACACCUGUAAUCCCAGCACGUUAGAGGAGGCUGAGGCAGGUGGAUCACUUGAGGUCAGGAGUUUGAGACCAGCCUGGCCAACAUGGCAAAACCCCAUCUCUACUAAAAAAGAAAAUAUAAAAAUUAGCCAAGUGUGGGGGCACGUGCCUGUAAACCCAGCUAGUUGGGAGACUGAGGCAGGAGAAGCACUUGAACCCGGGAGGCAGAGGUUGCAGUGAGCCGAGAUCGAGCCACUGCACUCUAGCCUGGGUGACAGAGCAAGACUCCAUCUGGAAAAAAAAAAAAGAGUUUUCAAAACUCUGGAAUGAUGCUGGGAUUCCAGGAAGGAUGGGCUUGGAGGAAGCACAGCAGGGGAGGUGGGAGUGGGAAUGAGGAGGGAAUUGUUAUCUGCAGCCUUUGAUAAAAACCCACAGAGGGAAAGCAGAUGGGCAGCCAGCCCAGUUGGCCGGUCUGCAGAUGGUUUGUGUGUGUGUGUGUGUGUGUGUGUGUGUGUGUGUGUGUGUGUGUGUGUUGGAUGAGUUGGGGGCAGGAGUGGCUGUAUUAAACUCACUUUGGAUGAUGUGCAAAGGAGGCGGCUUCCUGAGCCCCAGGAUUGGAGACUCAGAGCCAGGUAGGGUUGGUCGGAGAUAGCACCCCCUGUUGGCUCAAGGGUAGGACACAGCCAGGCUGAUGCCUCCUCUUCUAGUCUUGACCACAGGCAGCUCUAGGAAGUCUGAUGGGUCUCCUGCCAUGCCCGGAAUGCAUUUAAGGUGUUUUGUACCAUGCGUGAACUUACAAGCAAUGCUGGCCCACUGCCUUGAGGUCUCUGCAGGACUCUUCCAGGGCAGUGAAAGGGAGGGGACCUAGGAACCGUGGGAGUCAGAUUUGGGAUUCGGGCAAGAAGGGAAGUUUCAUUAUCUGAUGCACCCACGGAAGACCCGGCUGUUCUGGGAGAGAUGCAGGCCCAGAUGAUGACCUUUGGAGGUGCCAUGCCUAAAAAACUGAUAUGAAGAUGCUCUCCCCCAAAGAAGUAACUCAGAAUACAAAUAAUACCUAAAUUGUAAAACAUAAACCUUGCAUGUAUGCUGCAAUUAAAAUAGCUCUUAGGUUCUUGCUUUGUGCAAAACUCUGACUAUGCCUAUGGAGGCCGGUUCCCACUCCCUCUCACUCUCUCAGCCUGUCUUGUUGGUACACUCGAUGGAGACAGGUGGCCGUAGGUCAGGCCCUGUGCUAAGCCCUUCACCUCCUGUAUGUGGUGGCAGAACAGCUGUGUGGUUCAGCACAUGGUAGCUGGUUCAACUUGGCUCUGUCCCUCAACAUCUAGAACUUUCUUUUCUGGGGGCGAUGAAUACCAUGUUACCUGCCUCUUCAGAUAGAAAAUAUGAACACAGCACUUAGAACAAUUCCCAGCAUGGUGUGAGCAGAUGGUAAAUGAACUGUUAUUUUCCAUUCUUCGCAGUGUCUCCAUGGUGUAGGUAUUCGUCCACCCAUUUUGCAGAUGAGGAAAAUUGAGCCUUGGGGAGAUGAAGUGAUUGGUUCAAGGUAUAACAGAGAGGGAAGGACAGAGCUGGGACUGAAACCCAGAGCCUGUGCUCUUUUCCAGAACCACACUGCUCCCGCCAUGAAAGAGUGAGCUUCCCAUCACUGCAGAUGAACCAGCUGAGGGGAGAUGCUAGUCAACAGGGAUGUGGCAGGGGACAUUUAUCGAUUGGAUAUGAGUGGAUGCGAUGAUUCAGAAUUCCUGAAGGAGCUCAGGGAAGGAAGUUUCCUUCUUCUUCUCUGAAGAAGCUUGAGGAAAUAACUCCUUAGGUUGCCAGAGAUGGAGGCACUCUAAGAUAUCAGCUCAUCUGGCCCCGUUUUUCAUAUGGGGAAACAGGUCUGGAGAGAGUGUCGUGAUUUGUAAGGCUCACGCAGCAAGUCAGUGACAGAGCCUGGACUGAGCAGGGAGUCAUAUUUUGUCCACAGACCAACUGUAGGUGAGAACCUCAUGUAGGGCAACAGACGCCAGGGCACCCCACGUGUCAGAACAUUCACCAUUCACUCCAGGCUGUCUUGACCAGGUGCCUACAUUACAGUCACUUUGUCUUCUUCUUCUUCUUUUUUUUUUUUUUUUCUGAGACGGAGUCUCAUUCUGUCACCCAGGCUGGAGUGAAAUGGUAUACAGUCACUUCUUAGUGACCUUUUAAAGCUAUUUACAUCUUGAGGCUGUAAAGUCAGCAAAGGCUGAGGGAAUAAUCUCCACAAAGCUGCUCUCCCUUCAGACCCCAGAUACAAGUUUGGGGGUCUCCGGGGCCACCAUCACUUCAUACUGACUGGCUACAAACAAGGGGGUUCCUAUGACUAUCCUCGUACUCAAUAAUUCACUAGAAAGAUUCACAGAACUUACUGAAAACUAUUCUACUCAAGUCACAUUUAUUACAACCAAAGAAUGCAAAUCAGAACCAGCCAAGGGAAAGGGACAUAGGGUGGAAUCUGGGAGGGUUCCAAAUGCUAAACACCCAUGUCCUCGGUAUCUGUUACCUUGCCAGCAUUGAUAAGUAACAGUAUGACAAAGUAUGGCCAACCAGGGAAGCUAACCAGUGCUUCAGUGUCCAGAGUUUUUAUUGGGACUUCAUUAUGUAGAGGUGAUUGAAUCAUUGCCCACAUGGUUGAACUUAACCUCCAUACCCCUCCCCACACCCAAAGUUCAGGCUGACAUCACAUAGCCCAAAGCCCCAAUCCUUUAACCCUGUGGUUGAUUUUUCUGGCAUGGCCAGCACUCACCAUAAGCCAUCUUGUUAGCAUAAACUAUGAGUUGUGGUCCCAGGAGCCCAACAUGAAUAACAAAGACACUCCUGUUAAUCAGGAUAUCCUAAGGGUUUAGAAAUAACUUCCUAGGAGCCAGGACAAAAAUCAGACCUCUCUCUCUCGAGGCCCAGUUCCUAACUACACAACCCUGUAUCUCUUCCUAUCCACAGCUUCUCCACUAGACUGAGUUACAUGAGAGAGGGGCUAUCUGUGAUUCAUCUCUAUAUCCAUGCAUUAGUUAAUGUAAGCUUGGCUGAGGUGAUAGACUCCACAGGUUAUAAUUGCUAUACACCAUAUAAGUUUGUCAUAGAACAGCUGUCCCUCAUUACAAUGAUUCAGGGACCCAGGUUUUUUCCAUCUGUGGUUCUACAUAUCCUAGGCCUUUGUUGGUCUCUGCUUCUGGCCAAAGGAAAAGGAAAGAGAGUAUGGAGGAUGGAAUUUGCUUCCUAAAAACCUUCACCAGGAAAAUAGCACACAUCACUUCUGCUCAUAUUCCACUAGCCAGAGCUCAGUUGUUUGGCCUCAACUAGCUUCAAGGGAGGCUGGGAAAUAUGGACUACAUGUGUCCUCAGGGAGAAGAGAAGGAUGUGGGUUUUGGUAAACAGACAAGACAGUACAGCCUCUAGUACCAUCCCCAUUGUCCCACUUAGGUCUUGGGGCAGAGUAGACAUUCAGUGAGUGCUUAUUGAGGAAAUGGAUAUGGUGGCCAUAAGAGGCAGUAUGGUUGGGGAGUGGGGAUGGGUUGGGGCUUUGGAAUUGGACAGACCUAGUUUCUAAUCCUGGCUAUAUCACUUCUUUGCUGCAUGUGGAAGAUGCCAUCACUGAUUGGAUUCUGCAGGAGCAGAUGCUGAGAGUCACUUAGGCUUCAAGAUGUUUAUUAGGGAUCAAAACCUGAGAAAGGAAGGAGGAGAAUGCAGAACAGGGCAGAGGAAGAAGUCUAACUUGAUGCAGGCCUGACAAAGUCCAACCCAGUGGGAGCUCCAGAGCAAUGAUUGCUUGUGGAGCAUCUCCUAUUGGGCUUUUAUACCCCUCCCUUGCUCAGUUACUGGGUGAUAUGGUUUGGCUGUGUCCUCACCCAAAUCUCAUCUUAAAUUCCCAUAUGUUGUGGGAGGGACCCAGUGGGAGGUAAUUGAAUCAUGGGGGCAAGUCUUUCCCGUGCUGUUCUCGUGAUAGUGAAUAAGUCUCAUGAGAUCUGAUGAUUUUAAAAAGAGGAGUUACUCUGCACAAGUUCCUCUCUUUGCCUGCUGCCAUCUAGUAAGACAUGACUUGCUCCUCCUUGUCUUCUGCCAUGAUUGUGAGGCCUCCCUAGCCACUUGGAACUGUAAGUCCUAUUAAACCUCUUUCUUUUGUAAA